AUGGCUUCUUUACCCCAAGAAAUUGAUGACUGGCCAACAUUUUCCCCUACCACUCCCCAUUUUUUCAAGAUCAUUCUAAAGGGCAACACUUCCAGUGACGCAAAACUUAGGAUUCCAAAGAAAUUUGUGAUGAAAUAUGGGGAUGAUCUAUCAAAUCCAGUAUCUCUUGAGCUUCCAAGUGGAAGUGGUUCAGCAUGGAAAGUAGACCUCAGAAGAUUGGAUGGUGAGGUGUGGUUUGACAAGGGUUGGGCAGACUUCUCUGAGUUUUACUCCCUGGACAGAGGUCACUGGCUAGUUUUUGGAUAUCAAGGGAAUUCCAAAUUCCAUGUUUGCAUAUUUGAUAGAACUUGCACAGAGGUUGACUAUCCUUUGAGAAAGCAGAAGAUGGAAGAAACUGAUGAUACAGACGAUGAUUUUCAUGAAGAGUCUAGUGAUGAUUCUGUAGAAGAACAACCAGACGAUUCAACCUGCCCAAGAAAAACGAGGAAGAAAUCUUCAUUGCCUUGUCCCAGACCUCAGAAGAAAAACAGGACAAGUUCAAGAGGGAAAGAUGAUUAUCCUGCUAAAUUAGGCAGUGGAAGCACAUCAAGCACUCGAAGAUUCGAAAAACGAACACCCGGGUGUCUUGGGAGUAUCGGUCCAUUGCCUAAAAGUGGAAAAGGUAUAGCUCUUCAGAGAGCUAAUGCUUACAAAUCUCAACACCCUUUUUCUGUCAUUGUUGCCAUGAAGCCCUCUUAUAUCACAGGGUACAUUUUGUGGUUGCCAUCCGAGUUUCACAACCUAUAUCCUAUUAAGAAUUCGGGUGAGGUUAUCCUUCGAGUUUUGGAUCGGAGAAGUUGGCCUGUUAAUUUGAAAUAUGGAGGAGGAAGAGCUCAAUUCCUAUCUGGUUGGAUGGAAUUUGUGCUUGACAAUAAUUUGAAAGUUAAUGAUGUGUGCGUUUUUGAGUUGAUUGACAAUAAGGUUAAGCCUUUAUUUGAUGUUGUCAUUUUCCCCAACAUAGAAGCUGCAAAUUGCCCCAAUGAUAGGGAACAAACAGUGCCUGAGAUAGAAGAAACUAAUGAAGAUGAUGAUCCUAGUGAUGACUCGGGUGAUGAGUCUGGUGAUGCUGAUUAUCUUUCUGACGAUUCCGAUAACGAUUCUGUUGAAAUUAUAGAAAAUUGUACACCUUUCCCAAGAAGAACAAAGGAGAAAUCUCCAAUGCCAUGUCCUCAGCCUCCCAAGAAAAACAAAGCCAGUUCAAGUGGAAAAGUUGAUUUCCCUGCAAGCGGAUUUGCUAUAGCUCUUCAAAGAGAUGAUGCUUUCAAAUCCGAACACCCUUUUUUCAAGGUUGCUAUGCGUACCAGUUAUAUCCAUCACCGUAAUAUGAAUGUGCCAUCCACGUUUGUUAAGGAACAUCUUAAGUAGACAAAUAAUUAUGUCUUCCUUCGGGUUUCGGGUGCAAGAACAUGGUCUGUCAAAUUAUGCCAAUAUGCUGGAAGAGCUAAAUUCCAAGGUGGAUUGCCGAAAUUUGCGAGGGAGAAUAGUUUGGUAAAAGGUGAUGUGUGUAUCUUUGUGUUGGUUAACAGCAUCAAACCUUUAUUUGAUGUUGUCUUUUAUCACACUCGAGACUCAACAACCACAAAUCGAAAGAGAAGCCUGAAUCCCGAUAGAUGAAGUUGUUGAAUAUGAACAUUGAAGGCAGAGGAGGCCUGCAAAUUAAGUUGCUUUUAUAUAUAUAUAUAUUUGUCCUUGUUUGU